ACAGAGGCCAGCCAGGGCGAGUGAGUGAGAGCGACUAUGGAGGCCAGAGACCCAAAUGAUGGCUUAGGCAGCGCACAGAGAGAAUCUCAAAGCCAGAGGAGGGAAAUAAAGAUGAGAUCGACAGAGAUUUUCAGGUGGUAGAGGCCAAAGCCAGAGGGGCCCCGAGUGGGAAAGGGAACGUGCUGUCGUGCUCCUGUAUUUCACAGAGAAGAGCUGAAGAGGGAGCAGGAGGGAGUAGACUAUUUUGUAGGGGAAUCAACGCCGAGAUUACACUGUGACCGGAGACGGGGCACGGUGGCAUGGUUGCCGGAGAGUUUGCUCCAUUAAUGGUCAACUGAGUUCCCAAUCGUUUUACUUCACUGAUAGCAUUCUUGGUGAGCGAAGAGGGGGAGUCGUAACAUGGACGUGUACGAGGCGACGCGGGUGGUGUUGGCGAGGAUACAAAGCGUGGACGCGGAGAACGCGGCCAAGAUCAUGGGCUACGUCUUGAUCCAGGAGCAGGGCGACAAGGAGAUGAUCCGCCUCGCCUUCGGCCCCGACGCCCUGCUCCACUCCGUCAUCCUCAAGGCCCGCGGCGACCUUGGACUCGCCGGCCCGUCCCUCCCCUCCUCUGCUCCUCCCCUCUUUAGUCUUAGCUCUCGCCGGAACUCCUCUCGCUUCUCCUCUCUCGCCGGGGCCUCCUCCCCUACUUCUUUCUCACCGUCGCCCACCUUCUCCCGCUCCAGUGGAGGCCCCGACGAACUACGCAGCCCUGACGGCGGCGCCACCGCUGGUGAUCCCAUCGUCGAUGAGUUCCAGCUUCAAGACCAUCUCUCCUUCCUGGACGAUCCGGCUACCGGCGACCACUCCGUACGAGUUGACCAAAAAUCUACCGUCUCCGGUGAUCUCUUUUGCCCUGAUGUGUCGUGUCGUAGCACUAGUGGCGACGUAGACGGGGUACCGUUUCCUUACAGGGUAGGAUGGGGGAUCAACGGAAACCACCACCGCCGGAGCUGGUCUGCUGCCGAUCUCCCUCUCCGUUCUGACGGGGCUGCUGGGGGAUUCGCUUGGAAGCCGUGCUUAUAUUACUCCAGAGGAUACUGCAAAGAAGGCUCCGCCUGCCGCUUCCUACACGGCCUACCGGAGGAGACCGCCAUUGCGGCCGCCCAAAGCCAGCGGAUCAGCGCCACGUCGCAGCUCAUGGCGUCAGCCUUUCCCUACUCGCCGCUAGGUUCCCUGCCGUCUUCUCCAUCGUCAACGGCGACCAAAUCACUUGACUUCUUACUCCAGCAGCACCAAAAUGAAAGCCAAAGGGCCGAAGCAGCGGCGGCGGCGGCAGCUUUGUUGCGAAUAAAGAUAGAAAGAAGCGACUUAGCAGCGAUGGUGAAUCCAGGUUCAAGGCAGAUCUAUCUGACGUUCCCCUCCGACAGCACUUUCACCGAAGAAGACGUCUCUAACUACUUCAGCAUCUAUGGGCCGGUGCAGGACGUGAGGAUCCCAUAUCAGCAAAAGAGAAUGUUCGGCUUCGUCACCUUCAUCUACCCGGAGACAGUGAAUCUGAUCUUGGCCAAAGGGAAUCCUCAUUUCGUCUGCAAUGCUCGGGUUCUGGUCAAACCUUACAAGGAGAAGGGCAAGGUCCUCGACAAGUGCAGGAAGCAGCAACAGAGUGAAAGGGGCUAUUUCUCCGGCUGCGCAACUCCCACCGGCAUCGAAUCUAGAGGAGAUCCUUAUGACCUUCAGCAGCUCGUGGUAGGAGCUCGGAUGCUGUACAACAAUGGUGGCCAGGAGCUGCUGCGCAGGAAGCUGGAGGAGCAGCAGCAAUCCUUUGAAUUGCAGCGGGUAAUCGAGCUGCAAGCAAGAAGGCUAAUGAAUCUUCAACUUCUCGACCUCAAGAAACGUAGCCUUUCCUCCUCCGCACCAGCCUCGAUCAACUCUCCGAACGGCUCAGCUCCUCCGUUUAUCACGAUACCGACAGCUGAUUCAAACGGCAAUGGCAGCUACAGCAGCAGCAGCCAAGAACACUCUCCAAUUGGAGGGGCGGAGCAGAUGUUGAACGCCUCUAAUUCUGUGGCCGGCCAAACAGGAUCUAUUUCCUACCCCAGUCAAGAUAGCGGUUUCCAUGAAAGCAUGGAGAACAAUUUGCCCGAGAGCCCCUUCACAUCGCCGACCAAGUCAUCAAUUGCCGCCGUCCACGCCGUGGAUCCCUUCACGGCCGUCACCGACAUGACCGCCUACAAGUCAUGUUUCAUCCCAACGCCAAGUCCUGGAGCCAUUGGAAUGUAGCAAUUGCUCUUUGGCAGCUGAGGAGCUUGGGAAGGAGCAAGCUGUACCUAUCAUUAGUUACUAGUCUACUAAAUACUACUACCAAACCCUAAUAGCUACCACUACUAGCUAUAGCUGCUUAUGAUCAGAGUCUUACAAACAAGUAAACAGAAGAGAACAGGGUAGUUCGGCCUGAAAAGAAACGCAGGAGUCUAUUUUUUUUUUUUUGUUGCUUUCUGUCAUCUUUAGUUGUGACGAACAAAGAGAGAAGGAAAUGGUAAAUAGCUUGAUCAUCAUUUCUUUCUUCUGCACAGUGGUUUAUGGUUGCAUUUCAGCUGCACAGUGGUUCUUUGUGAAAUGGAGCUACUUCAGAUUCCUUAA